CCAAACGAACUGCACAGCUCUGUCGGUUGUUCAGUGAGUGAAUGCAGCUGGAGAGACAAUAACACUGUCUGCCACACAGCCUGAAGCCGUCUCACUAUGGAUCAGCAGCAGGACUUCAUGAACUUGAGCCCCGAGGGCCACGCCCUGCAGUGCAGCUCCGCGGAGACCGUGGCCUCGGCCAUGGCCGACAUGUCCAUCGGGGACCUGGACCAGACGCCCUUCGGAGUGGAGAUAAAGAAGAACGGGGGGCCGCCGGCGCACGUGGGACCAGACGACAGCCUGACGAAAGGGUCGACAGGACCUGAGAAUGACGCAGCCCCCUCCGCCGUGGUGACAGGUCAAGAGGAGCGUGUGGCCGGGAACCUCGGCCCCAUGGAACACACUAGUGGGUCUGGCUUUGCCGAAGACGCAAGUGAAGACGGGGAGGAAGGGGAGCCCGAAAGCCCACGUGGGACACUCUGGAGUCCCGGGGGUGUCGACCCUGUUGGGAAGGACAAGCCUACACCUCUGUCCCCAGAAGAGUUUGGAUCUGAGAAGCCUGUGAAGGAAACUUCAGUUGUUAAGAUCCCAGGAGGCCACAGCCUGAGCAGUUCGGAAGAGGAGGAAGACGUUGUUGAAACCAGGGGGGCUACGAAGUCAGACCAUGAAGAGGACUUGCGGGGCACAGUCAGCCCCGACGAGCCCGCCAGUCCGUACGAGGGCGCAGGGGAGCCGACGCCGGGCCAGCUCCGCAGCUCUGUCGCUGCCGACCUCUCAGCCCUGGGCGAGAAGAGCCCGGAGGGCGAGGACGGAGGCCUGCUGCCCCUCGAUCACCUGUCACCUGACGAAGCCAAAAAAAGAGGGCUUUCUUUUGAUUACACCGAGCCCCGGGUCCAGUCUGUUCAGGGAUUCCUUGCAGGACAGGAGAACGGAGAGGACAAGAUGCCAGCAGAGAGCAGGAGCCCGGAUUCCUGCAGGGCAGAUCCUGGGUCUCCUUUCUCUCCAGGUGCAGUGCUAGACCAGGAGGCAUCACUCAGCGCUGAAGAUCAGACCGAGAUCCAGGAAGAGGAGGAGGACGAGAAAGAAGUUCCCUCGGCUGCUGUUGAAGAAGCUGGAUCUGUGCCCGAGGUUCAGAAAACGCAGCCGGAAGAACCGGCAGAGCCCGCGGACGCCGUGCACGCGACCCCAGAGAAGUACCUGGAGUCCACAGAUGAAGACCUCAUCGCGGCUGUGAAGGCCGCGCAAAUCGCGCAACCGGUGAUGGCAGAGGCCGUCGCCGAUGCUAAACCGCACAUCGUGCCCAAGGAUGAGAGUGGCGCCGCUGUAUCCAAGGCACCAGCGGCCCCAGGCAGGAAAGCUCAGAGAGUUGCCCCCACUGCUACCGCUGCUCCUCCCCCCAAGGCCGACGCUAAAUUUCCAAAAGCUCCCCCAAAAGGGGCUCCCCCGGGCCGAAAACCAAAUGUUCCAGGUGCUCAAAACAAAGCUAAGGCCCCUGCUGGAGCAGAGAAAGAGGCUGCCGAUAAGAAUGCUAAGACAACUAAAACAACUACACCAGCCAAAGCUAGACCCACCUCUACCCCCAACCGACCCUCUUCUGUCACAACCGCCCCCUCGAAAAAACCCUCGGCUUCCUCCACACCUGCGUCCUCCACUAGCAGGCCUACCUCAAUGUCCACUAAACCCAGCGGUGCGGGAGCCAGAGAGCCCAGGCCGGGGACCGGGGAUGGCAAGACUACCCACCCCAAGGCACCAGGUGGCACUAAACCCCAGGCAAAGGCUGUUGGGAAGACACCCCCUCCUGGGGCACAGACAGCUGCUUCAAAGGCAGAGCACAGGAAACCUGGACCUGCAAAAACUGACAAAGAUUCUCCCAAGACGCCCGACCGCAGCGGGUACAGCAGCCCCAGCACGCCCAAGUCUCCCUCCAGUCGCGCCAGCGCCCCCGGGCAGCCGCAGGCCAAGGAGGUGAAGAAGGUGGCGGUGGUGCGCACCCCGCCCAAAUCCCCGGGCUCCCUGAAGAGUCGUCCACCUGUGCCUUUGGCCCCCAUGCCAGACCUGAAGAAUGUCAGGUCAAAGAUUGGCUCCAUCGACAACAUCAAGCAUCAGCCUGGAGGAGGAAAGGUGCAAAUACUCGAUAAGAAGGUUGACUUCAGUAACGUUCAGUCUAAGUGUGGCUCCAAAGCCAAUAUCAAGCAUACCCCUGGGGGCGGCAAUGUGCAAAUUCCUAAUAAGAAGAUCGACUUGUCUAAUGUUCAGUCUAGGUGUGGCUCCAAAGACAAUAUCAAGCAUGUCCCUGGAGGUGGUAAUGUUCAAAUUGUUCACAAAAAGAUUGAUUUGAGCAAUGUGCAAUCCAAAUGUGGCUCUAAGGAUAACAUUCACCAUAAACCUGGUGGAGGCAACAUUGAGAUCAAAAAUGAGAAGCUGGAUUUCAAGGUGCAGUCUAAGAUCGGCUCCCUUGACAACAUCGGACAUGUUGCCGGCGGUGGCAACAGGAAGAUUGAGUCGCAUAAGCUGAGUUUCCGCGAGCAGGCAAAAGCCCGCACCGACCACGGAGCAGAGAUCGUCUGCAAGUCCCCCACCAUUUCAGCGGACGGCUCGCCCCGUCGCCUCAGCAACGUGUCCUCCUCUGGCAGCAUCAACAUGACAGAUUCUCCGCAGCUCUCCACGCUAGCGGACCAAGUCUCCGCCUCCCUCGCCAAACAGGGCCUGUGAUCCCCUGUUCCCGAUAGGAUUCCUACUGAGUGAACAACAGAACAAAAAAAAAAAGAAGAAAAAAAACACCCCCCCCUCUCUCUCUGUCUUUCUUUCUCUCUCUCUCUCCCUCCUUCCUUUCAAUUAAGCCGGAUUUUCUAACUGGGCUAUCAGAGCAGUCCUCCCUUUUUAUGCUCUCACCGAUCAAUUUCUAGGGCAUGACAAUUAGAACCCGAUUUUAAAAUGUCCAUUGCAGUAAAUACGUUAGUAAUGCUACUCUGUUUGAUACCCUGUAUGAAUAUGUUAGGGUGCAUUGAUCCUCCAAAUUUACAGUUCAGUGUCGGUACUGCACAGACUCCUCCAAUAGCUCCUUGCAUAGUGUUAGUCUCAACAUCAGUCUGAGGUUGCUGGUCAUCAUAUUAUGACUGUUAUUUACAACUCUGGUUUUGUAUAUGUUGCAAAAACAAUUAACUCUCAAAAGUAAUUUAAGUCAUAUUACAAUGCUAAAUGAGUAUGACCAAGCUCGAGCGACAACCUGAGGUAGGAAUCAUUAAACUAAUUCAUCACUGAAAAGCACUAAACGGCCUGUGAAGAGAAGAAUGAUAACUAUUCCAGUCAGUGCGAAAAUAUAAUCAGAAAUUAGAAAGAAAAUCAUGCCUAGAUGCAUAUGACAAAAAAAGGGCAGUUAUAGCCAUUGACAAUGGCGCUUGUAAGUUACCGUACUGAAGAAGGUUUUACUUUUGCUUGUCGCUACAUUUUCAAGCCUAAUUGAGUGAGGUGUCAAACGUGUCUUACAUGAAUAAAUAAUUAAUUAUUUAGUAUUGACCCAACAUCACAAUGAUUCUCGAACUAUACCAAGUUCUCUAUUAAUUAACGCCUUUAAAAAGAAACCAAUUUGAUCUCAAAAUGGGCCCUAACUUAAUGUUUUCUUCUUAAUCCUGGUCAUCAUGAACAUCAACAGUGCCGUUAAUGUCAGAUUUGGUGUUGAGAGUGCCAAAUAACCCUCUGCAGUUUCACUUUGGGGAUCUGAUCUGAAUCUAGAAAAAAAAUCAUGAAGAUAUGUAGGGAGGAAGUUUUACCAAUAUGAUGAUCACAACAGAAGAUAUUUUCCAACUAGGAGCUGAUAACAGGGUUCUUUCCUCUGGCUUUUUUACAUAGCUUGGACGCUUGCCAGGACAGUGGCAUCUCGUUCCCUUAUUUUAAAUAGAGGCAUAUGGACAGGGGUCUGUUAUCUAACCGUGAUUCAGAGAAGUGAAUGUUGGAACGCUCCUGGCAAGAUGUUUCCAGAACAGAUUGGCUGUAUUUAAUGGAAUUAACAGUGGGGAAAGCAAGUGCACAAUUUGUAUCAACCUCUUAAACAGAUAAGCAGAAUGCUAUGUGGAUUUUCUAUAAUGCAAGUCACUUGUCCCCAGAAAACUGUCCAUUGAAAAGCUGGCAAGGCUGUAAAGCUCAAUUAGCGGGAAAGCCUCCUGCAUUUAUACUUUUAUAGUUGAAGGCUGCAUGUCAGCUCAGAAUUCGGAGCCUGUGUCCCUCGGAGAGCAGGUUUGCUGUGCAAGUGCCGUGUCUGUGUCUAUACACAGAAACACACUUUGGGCAGCAUUUUGGAAAUCUGUCAGCACAGAGCAUAACAAAUUCUUAUGCUUACUUCCACCUGUAGUCUGCUGUAGUGAUCUGAGUAUUUAAUACUCUCCCACCCAUUUUUAGAUUUUUGUCAAAGCCCAUAUAAAUGCUAUGUAAUGAUAUGUACACUGAUUAAUGACAUGGGAUUGGAAAAAGUUGGUGUAUUGUAUAGAAAUAUAGCUAGAAUACAGUUAGGAAGCUUGCUACCUUGCACAUAGCUAGCUAGCAGGCAAUAAUGAGGUAUGCUUCGAGUGCCGUCUACCUAGGUACUCUGUGCUACCUUUAUUAUGGGCCUUUUCACCGAUCUAGCUAGCUUGCUAACAUCAUGCAGCAUGGGUAUCAGACAACGAAAAAACAAGAUGAUUUUCAUUAAAUUGAUAACAUUGAUUCUAUGUAGCUAGCUGGAUUAAUCUAGAUCUAAUGUGACAGUUCAUUUAGCUUAAAAAAGUUUUAGCUAACAAUUGCAAUAGCUGACCCACUGACAGACUGUAAAAAGUAAAUAAUUGAGGUAAAAUGCUAAUUUAUGGUAAAAUACAUAAGUAUAUUUUUAACAAGCAACACAAAAUUUUAGAAAUUCACUUCAAAAUGAUUUAAUUCGGUUUAUCUCCCCUUCAAAUGUGUUUAGAAAAUUACUUAUUCACUAGCUACUACUGCCGCAUUCUGUUUGACAUGCAUAAAAUUGCAAUGGUCUGCCGUGCUUUUGUGGUUUCAGUUUAUCAUUUCACAUCAUUUAAUUAAUGGGAUUCAAGGAUCAUGGGGUUAGAAAGAAAAAUGUGUGGUUACCAUCAAGGGUCUGGGUGUAGUCAGAAGUGUACCACAGUUAUGAAUCCCAUAUUUUGAAAUCGAAUUGUUGUUUCACUGUAGAAAAGGGAAAGAUGGUCACUAAGUUAGUAGAAUUAGACACGCUGUGAAUUGUAUCAGUUUUUUUUAACCAGUUAGAAAGUACGUAGCUGUCCAUCGGCGACUUAUUGCAAUAUUAGGACAAAAAAUGUGUGUUGUGGGUUAUUAACUUUGACAUUAAAUGGCAGUUGAAAGUUAUAUUUUCCUGAUAAUAUCGAUUUGUCACCAUUAAGUCAUUGUGUGGGAUAUGGAUAUUUGGUGGCAUCUGUUCAUGAGGAGGCAACUGUUGCAAAACCCAAUUUAUAAGAUGCAUACAGUAAGACAGUCUGCAUUUAAUAAUUAUGAAAUCCAACAAAUUUUACAUGAUAUCAGUGAAAAAGAACAAGGGGCUUGACAGAGCAAAGCAAAAGGAACUAAGGAAGUUGAGUAAUUUGUUGUGAAGAUUUGACUUUUAAAGAAAGCAAAGAUGUUAUUAUAAGUACAAGGACAUUUCCAUCACUAAUGGUUUUCAUGGGACGCUAUGGGACAUGCCAGUGACUUUACCUUUACCAAAAAAAAAACCCUCAAACCCCUUCCCUGACAGUUCUUAACAAGGAAAUUAAUAUUCUAAACAAUCAAAGGAAAUAUGAAAAACAGUUAGGGCUUAAAAUUCAGCUUAUGUUGUGCACCUUUUUUGCCUAAUAGUAUUCUGUGGAUGUGAGAUGUUACUGAUAUUAACACUUGAUUCUAAUUGUGCCUGCAGGCAAUCUUCUUAAAUUAUUUUAUUUCCAUCAGCGCUCUUCUGUAUAUUCCUUUUUAAGGUGAUUAGUCCACACACAGGACUCUUUUCAAAUAUCUGACAAGUCUUGACAUCUAGAAAGGACAAACUAUCUACAUUUUCUUCUCUCUUCUCUAACAUGAACAAGGACAUAAGUGUGUUAAAUUGUAAUAUACUUGAAAGAAAGACGUGCUACAUGAAGGACUGGAUUAAUAAGAAGUGUAUGUGUCAGUCAGCUGAACAAUUGAGUAAAUGAUGAAUUAGUGUGCCAUUGCCAAUUCUGCACCGUUAAAGAGACUUCCUCUAGGACACAGUAUUCGGUAAUGUCCAACCCCUUUUUAGAAAGAUGACAGCCUUCAGCGUUAAUGGCGGAUCUGAAUCCCAAGUCAUUACUGUCCUCUGGACCUGCUGUGCUCUCCACCCAAAAGCGCCGAGAUGCAUAGCACUGCUCCACGGCUCUUCUGUCAGGAACUCCCCUCUAAAAUGGCACAAUAAUACACAUGAUCUCACCCAGAUUCAUGGGACACACAACACCAGGCUCAGGUCCAAGCAAAGUCAAAAGGAAAAGCCUAUAAGUCUUUCCGUAACUUUCUUCAGAAAGCCCAAUGGCUGUGCAGUGCGAUUUCUUUGAGUAUGACGAGAACUUUUUUUUGGUAGAAAUCACUGCGCUUGUAGCAAGGACUAAAUAGUCAUGCUAAUGUUAGUUGCAUGCAUACAAGGUAAAUUAUAGUGUAUACUGCCUUCUCUUCCCCUGAUACUUUCAGUGUAUCCUGUAAUCUUGAUGCCGCUAGGAUAUCUAUGUAAAAGUAAAUGCGGAUAGGAGUAAAACCUGAAUGGCAACCCGUUGCCUUCUUGGCAUAGAUGGUAACAUUUGGGACUUGUUAAUGAAACUUGCCUAGGGUGUAUCUGAUUGAAAUGGCAAAAUAAGCUUGGGAAUGAAGACAAUGUUUUAAGCAUGCAACACAUCCAUUAGCAUGUUAGCCCUUUUUUCUUUUCACCAGUUUCACCAAAAUCUCAACAUCUUGAUCUGUUACUGUCUGCAGUCUGUACAUUACUGAAUCAGAUGGGUGUUAAUAUAGCUAGAAAAAGAACGUGGACUGUGUGUUGAGAAGCUGUAUGUUAAAGGACAGGGUAUGGGAAUGUUUCAGUCUUAAACAGUCAAAGAAAAACUGGUAUGGGAAGUCAGCUCUGUCAAGCUUUUCAGUGUUGUACAUUUUAUUUUUCGCUUUUACCUCUUGGAAGUUUAGAAAAGGUACUGCAGUUCUGAUCUCAUUGACUUUUUAGUUGUAAUUUCCUGUUUUUAUUGCGAUUCUUCAUUCUAGCUUGGCAAUUGUGAUUGUCCAUAUCGUAAUUGUGCGUUUUAUUAACUGGUUUACACUGAUACUCGUUGCUGUAAACGUGCAUUUGCAAAUAAAGUCGGUAUU